AUGAAAUAUAAAAAUAUUUGCAAAACUGUGAAAAUAAAAUCGCGUAAAGCAAGAUGUUACUAUGAAAAUGAUCUUGUUAAAAAAUCAAAGAUAAAUCCGAAACUGCUAUAUAAAUAUGUGAAUAGUCAAAAAACGAUUAAACAAGUAAUUAAAGCAUUAAGAGAUCAAACUGGUUGCGUAACAAAUGAUCAAAAUGAAAUUGUUGAAAUUUUAAAUAAACAAUUUCAAGAUGUGUUUACCAUCGAAAAUUCUACAGAAGAGCUUCCACAAAUCGAAAAUUUAGGGGAUAUUAUUAUUGAUGCAGUUAAUAUAGCUAUUUUGAUUGAACUACCAACUCAAUGGAGAGCAGCAAAUAUUACACCACUAUUCAAAAAGGGAGAUAAAUUAGAAGCUGCAGAUUAUAGACCAGUGUCAUUGACGUCAAUUUCUUGUAAAAUUAUGGAAGGGAAGUCUUGUACAACAAACUUAUUAGAGGCGUUGGAUUAUAUUUCAUUUAAUUUAUCGAUUGGUAUUUCGGUAGAUGAAGCACUAUUAGAUUUUGUCAAAGCUUUUGAUUCUGUUGCUCACAAAAGACUAUUGAUUAAACUAUCUUCAUAUGGAAUUAGUGGUUUAUUAUUAAAAUGGAUUGAAGCUUUUUUAAAAAACAGAAUCCAAAGAAUUAUCCAAGUAAAUGAAAUAAAUGUGGAAAAUAGCUUGCAAAAAGAUCUGGAUAAUGCAGAGGAAUGGUCUAAAAAGUGGCUCUUGGGUUUUAAUUCUAGUAAAUGUGUUAUAAUGCAUUAUGGUACAAAUAAUCCGCGAUUGAAAUAUACUUUAAAUGGUGUUGAACUGAAAGAUUCUGAAUGCGAGAGAGAUUUAGGUGUAUAUUUUUCAACAAACUUGAAAUGGAAAAAACAAAUUAUAUCAAGUACUUCUAAAGCAAAUUCAAUGAUGGGUAUAUUAAAGAUGACAUUUUCACGAAUUGAUGCAAAAUUGGUUAAAACAUUGUAUAAGGUAUUUAUUAGACCUCUUAUUGAGUUUGCAGUACCUGUUUGGUCACCUUAUUUUAAAGGAGACAUCACUUUUGGAAAAAGUUCAACACAGGAUGACUAG